AAAGGACGAUUGUGAUAUCCAAUAUCCCGACUUAUCACGUCUUCUUCUUGUCCGCCCAGCAUGUCCGACGCCAAGAUCCAGGAUCUUUUGAACAAGCCUCGCAGCGAGCUUACUGAAUAUGAGGUCGGCCUCGUCGAAGAACACGAGCUCACAGCCGGACCCCUGUCACUCCUUCAGACUGCCACCCGAACCCACACACAAGUCCUCAUCUCAUGCCGCAACAACCGCAAACUUCUAGCUCGAGUAAAAGCUUUUGAUCGUCACUGCAAUAUGGUUUUGGAGAAUGUGAAAGAGAUGUGGACGGAAAAGCCCAAGGGCGGUAAAGGCCGUGGUGUUAAUAAGGAUCGUUUUAUUAGCAAGAUGUUCUUACGAGGCGAUUCGGUAAUUCUUGUCUUGCUCAGUUAAAUUAUCCUUUCGGUUCUUCUUCCGCUUCGGUCUCGGUCCCGGUCGUUCUUCAGUUCUGGAAAGCUUCGAUGUCGACAUGGAUGUUUUCAGAAGGAGAUCUCCGGAGGAACGUCGUCGUCAUUGUGGCAUACCAAGACACAUCAAAUGCAACCAUCAGCGUUUACAUAUGUAUCCUAACAUGGACUGGUAUGCUUUCAGCUCAUCUUGCUGGAUACGAUCAAUCAGUCUUCAUUCCUAAGACAUCGAACGCCGACAAUCGAAAUCGAAUGAAGAAUAGAAUAAAGACUAAAUCUGGCAUGUGUGUUUACGGACCUAGGGAUUAGGCGGAUACUCUAGAAGCGAAAUGCUGGCGUUUGGGAUUGUGUUCCUUUAUACUCAUUUAGGGACGAAUUGAGUCUCAUUAUUCAUGCAGUGUGUGAUUAGAUAUAUACCAAUGAGACGGGCCUGCGUGAGUCGACAAAAUAGAGAAUCAAAGGUUUGUAGGAGUGAUGUUAUCAAAAUUGAUAUCACAUGACCCACUAAGAUAAAUAACAUCAACAUCGACAACUCAAUCAUGAAAUGCUCAAUAAAACUAGAACAAUAUCGCUCAACUGGAAAUGGCCCGAAUAACCAAAAACAACUAGUAAAAACAUGACCGCAUAAAGUCAAAGAUUUUGUCGUCAACAUCAACAAUAUGCAUUAUUAUAACUCCUCAGCAAGACCGGUCAAGAACUUGGCCAACCCAUAAGCACCAGGAUCACGAACCUUACCCAACCACUCUUCUUCACUGCCCACAUACACGGCCCGACCAAGACUAGCUUUGAGGUGCUUGGUAGCUUCAGUACCGUCCUCAGCCGCUUUAGCUGCAGUCUUGAUGUCCGCCGUCUCGGCCAAAGUAUCGCAGAACGGCACCAGGGCAUCAAUCAGCGUACGAUCACCGACCUGUGCAGGCGUAUAUUGAGACAACGCGGUAACAGCGUGUUUCAAAGCAUGACCCCAGAUCUUGGCGUUGACUUGUUGCGCUGACCCAGUGUUGUCCUGGGCUCUGAGACCGUUGACAAGAGAAUUCAAGAAAAUGGCGUAAAUUGCGCCAGAGGUUCCGUCCAUAUUGGCUUCAACGGCGUUGACAAAUUUAUCGACAGUGAGGACGACAUCGUCGGUUAUGUUGUCGCCUUGGAUGACUUUGAGGAUGGCUUCUGCGCCGCGUUUGAGGCCUGCACCGCAGUCGCCGUCACCGACGAUGGUGUCGAAGCGAGUUAUUUCAGGUUC